AUAGGUUCCUGCAUGGGGAUUUGAGUUUCCCCCCUCGUGCUGGCUGUGCACUGCUGCCCUCCAGGCAGGACAGCCUGGACCAUGGCCUCAUAACCACGGGCAGAGCGCUGCUUACUGAUAACGCCCUGCAACUGUCAGCAGCACAGAGGCAGGGGCUGGGCAGGAGCUGGAGCAUGGCCCAGGCUGAGCUACCACGGCCUAAUGAACUUCCACUGCACUGUUUUCUGUGCACAAGCACGGUUUCAUCCAGGUUUGAAUUGAUUACGAGUAUCAACGCAAUGACAAAACACUGCUUUUGGGAUCAGACUUCUCGCAGUAAAUGGUUAUUUGUUUUUCGGCGUGAAAAUAUUAGCUUAUCUGGGGUGAUACAAUUCUUCCUCUCUCUCCUUCCACCUUCGUUACUGCCUGAUUUGUGCAUGUAGUUUAAUUAAAACCGUACAGUAUUUCCACAACUUGGUAUGUCUCUGCUGCUGGGCGGGUAUUUGAUUUAUAUACAACAUUCCAGUGAAACUGCCUGGAAAAAUUAAAUAGACAUGAAUCGACUUGCCGCAGGCUUUUGAAAUCAAACAUUUCACAGCUAACUCCCCGCGGACAUCUCCUUUCAGCCCGACGCAGGAUAAAUGGCACUCUUCUUGCCAACUUGGAAUAAUGACAAAUAGCUCCAUCUCAUCUGGACGUUCACGUAUGAAGCCGCAGGCGGGAUGUGCAGUGGAAACACGGUGCAGAAAUCAACCCUCAGAACGGAAUUAACUUUUAGGAGGAUCUCACAAGAAACCUCCUGUUCCACUACCACCAGAGGCUCAAGGACUAAGAGGGGAUGUGACCUACUGCCGUCCCAUUCCUUGUCCCCCCUGCGUGGAAGACCUGCCAUGCUCCAGGAUGUACCAGGUCCUCACUGCUGGGCACUUGCCAUCAGAAGUCUCCUGGCUCGUCUGUGGUCGUGCAGCAAGGGGCGUCGCAAAAACUCCAACCACAUCCCAAAAGCUCUCGUCCCUGCUGCUUUCCUUCCUGAAGUCUCCUGGCUGGGAGUGAUGCUGUGCCAUCACCCAGGAGCAAUUGGGCACUGCUCCGUGGGUUUGCGAAGCGUUGUUAGGGGCAUCCUCCAUGCAGGAGCAGCACUGAAGGUCACCCCAGCACUGCUACCAAGCCCCAGCAGUCUCUCCAUCAUCGUGCAAAGAUCGGGGGCAAGUCAAUGCACCCCACUAAAGGUUACGCAUCAAUACGCAUUCAAAGGCUUUGACCUCUGCUGGAUGAAGUAUCAAACAGAUUGCACGGUGGCAGCUCUGCAAACAGAGGCACCCAACGCAUCCCCAUGCAGCAGCGAUGCAGGGUCCGGUGGCCGGGCAGCAUUUCUCCAGACCCUGCCCAGGAAUGGCCACAGCAGCUGCUCUGGAAAAGGGCUGGGAACUGGAAAGUGGUCGUUUUGGUAUCAAAAAUGGUGUGACCAGGAGGACCGGAGAGAGCUCUUUCCUUUACCCUGUAAGGGUACAGCUAGCGAGCGACAAAAGAAAAACAACAGAUGAGCUCCAACAGCAGACUGAAAUUCAUGAGUGGAGGCUCAGGGAGGACUGCCCAGCAGCAAAACCUCGUCCCCUCAUUCCACAGAAGCUGUGGUUCAGAUGGGCUCUGGCCUCGGUUGCAGCGCAUCCGCUCCUCCCUCGCACCGGAGCUGCCACCAACCCAGCGCAUCGCGGCUGCUCGUGCUGCAGGCUGCUGGUGCGCUUUGCCGUGAGCUGGCAGUGAUUUAAAGUCAUCUUGUGCUAAUCCAUAUAAAUUCUUUUAAUCGUGGAUUUAAUCUGUUAAGCACGCAGUAAUUAAAUUACACGGCAGUCAGAGCCACGCCAACGUAGCGUAUGAGGUGCGCGGCGCCGCGGGCAGCAGGGAGAGCUCCGGACAGAGCCCUGUGACCAGGGUGUCACGUGCAUCCUUCCCAAAGCCUCAGCCAACGCUUCCUUGCUGUUAUUUCCCCCUUUCCCUUUCCCAGCCCUCUGAGGUGCAGGAGGGCCGGCACCUCCCUGCAUCCCACUGCUGCAGCAUCACCCCAGGCAGCAGCGGGCGCUCCCAUACAGCGCACAGCGUUGGCACAGCUCCCCUUCCCACAUCUGCAGGCGCUGCAGGAAGAGAAGAUGCAGGAGAGGAGGAGAAAAAGCCCCAGCAGGAGCUGGGACAGGGCCUGGAGCACCUCCGUGUCCUGGAGGAGACCCAGAGCUCCCACACCAUUUGGGCUCUUUGUUCGUCCCCUCUUCCCCCAGCUGGACGGUGCCACGUUUCUGCGUGCUGGCAUUGAUAGAGGAGAACACUGCGGCACGAGGAACACAUUAAGAGAUUAAACUUUGUGGUGGGAAGGGGAAAGCGAAGAUGAACUACGAGGUGGAGAGAUGGCUGGCUUUGGGAUUGUGACAGUUACCGCACUUAAUAUUUUUUAACGUUAAGAGCCAAACAGGGGCAUAUAUUUAAUUCAUUAAAACUGUGUGAAGUAGCUCCCUCCAUCCCAUUGCAGUUAAUCGGUGCUCUAUGGAGAAGUAUCAGGGAAUAAGUGUCUCCUAAUGAAAGGGUCCCUGUAAGGUCAGCCUGCCGCUUGUUAACUAAUCUGAGACUUAUUUGUUUUGCAAAUUGCUCUCGCAUUUUGAACCGCUGUGCUGUAAUUUCCAUGGCGGGGAAGCAGGAGGGAGUUCACGGGGCUGGUUUUGAAGCCCUCAAUCUGUCACUGGGAGGAGGAUAAAAAAUGCCACGAGGAAGGAAUGGAGCGGGUCCAGACCCGUGCUGCACAGCUGAGGGCAGUGCUGGCACCAUCCUGCACCUCACUGGGAGCACUGGGAGCACUGGGAGCCGCCCUGGCCACGUUACUCUUUCUGCUCAGCAGUUCUUUGCGCACACAGCAGUGCAGUGAUUGGGCGAUAGAAAUGACCUUUAUUUCCAAAUAUCGUCAGGAAAAGAAAUAUAUAUAUAUAUAUCCUUUGUUUUAAUUUCCCCCUGAAGUAAUGUAGUGUGGGGAAACCUUUCGACGAGGCGGCUUUUUUUUUCUUUUUUCACAAACAUCGUGGAAAGAGAAGAAUUUCAACAUCUGUAUUUGUGGGCAAAAGAGGUGGAAGAGGGUUAAUUCCACCGGGCUGCAUUGAUUGUGGGGAGGUGUGAGCCACAGCCAGGAGCUGUGCAGCCCCCAGCACGAGUCAGGAGCAAACUUUCACUGGAUCUGUGUUUCUCUGCAGAAGCCUUUGGGGCUUCUUCCUCUGGGAAGAGCACCUGGAUCCUUCAAAAGAAUGAGGCUGAUUUCUUGCAGCCCUAUCAAACCAACACAAAGGAUGUGGUAGGAAGGAGCCUGGGAAUGAUGAUGCUCCUCCCAUCCAGUUAAUAACACAUGGAUUCCUGCUCACCUGGCCAAUGCCACUGAUGUGGGCUGGGCCGUGUGCCCUGCAGGACACCAGCACCAGGUCCUGCACCUCCGUCCCUAGAAAUGCAGCUUUGGUUCAUUCCAGGAGGAGUUUGUCUGGACUGAAGACAUCCAGCAUGUCCAGAUGCGCUCUUCCUGCAGCAGAUGGGAGCUGGGGACAUCUCCAGGUGAGUCUGCCACCUCCUUGCUCACUCUUCAAGCUUUCUCAGGCCCCAGGACAGUUCUGUUCAUGUGGCUCCAUCAGCACGGACAGACCCAGCUGUCUUCCUCCCUUGCUGGGCUCACAGCACGCUUCCUGCCCUAGGCACCAGCCUCUUCCGAGGGGCUGAGCAGGCCCUGGUCUCCCAGGGACUCCUUUUCUUCUUGCCACCAAGGCAGCCCUGUUUUCUGCUCACGGAUGGUGCCAGCACCCAGAGCUGUGGAGCUGCAGACCCUUGGGGUGAGCAGUGUGCACCUCCUUGCAGGACACGAACCCGCAGCCCUGGGGACAUCAGGCACCAUAAGUCACGGGGCCUCACUUCUGUCCUGGGGUUUAGGAUCAAGGUGCCCAACAGCAACACAGAGCCAGCCACUCCCAUGAGAACAGGAGGAGAUUUUUAAACCCCAGCGACCACAGUUUCCUACUGGCACAACUCCGGAACAAGCACGGCCGCAGCACAGCCCCAACCAUCCGAGCUCCGGUGCUUCCUAAGCUGAGCGUGCACCGACGCUGACUUUCCUCCGCUAUUGAGCACCGUGCGCUCUGCACGCGCGGCCCCAUCUCCACGCGGUGCCCCCAAACUUCAGAGCCGCCACCGUGGGGUCAUGCCCCGGCCCUCGGCACCGCCGUGCCCCACGUGCCCACCUUCAAUGGCAGGCGGAGGAAUCGCUUCGCCUUGAUCAGGAGGGAGAAGAAUAACGAGCGGCAGGCGGUGGCCGGUGGGGUGCGGAUGAAAGGCGGCCGGCUCAAUUCUUCGCACUCCCGGGGCGAUCUGCCCCCGCUUUCUUCCUGCCAUAAUUGCCUGCCACGCCGCAGAUGACUGUCGCACUCCACCAAAGCCCGGAGCACGGCGAGGCCAGGACUCGGGGCUCUCUGUCAAUGAGCGGGGAGGCAGGGAGGAUGCUUUGAUCCCGCUCUUCUUUCUCUGCCGCGCUGAAGAAUUACUACCAGGCUGCUGCUGGCGUUGCUUCGGCUCCAGCUUCCACUUGCUCUGUGCGGGACCAGCUGAGGCUCUGCCAUUCUGAGAGGGCGCGGGGCAGCGCAGCACAUGGUGCUGGUGACGUUGAAUCACAGGAUCCUGAAUUGGUUGGGACCCAUAAGGAUCAUUGAGUCCAACUCCUGGCUCCACAGAGGAUCACUCAAAAUCAUACCACGUGUUUCAGAGCGUUGUCCAGACACUUCUUGAACUCUGGCAGCUUGAUGCCAUGACCACUGCCCGGGGGGGCCUGUUCCAUGCCCACCGCCCACUGGUGGAGAAGCUUUUCUUGAUAUCCAACUUGAUAUGGAAGGUGCUCACUGGGCUCCAGGCCAAAUCCGGACCCAAACCCAACAGCCCCGAGCCUUCGGCAGCACCCAGCAUGGCGGUGGUGGCCCUUCAAUGGGGGCAGUCACCACGAGAGCCGUGUUGAGCUACUCCACAUCUGGGUGAUAAUUGCCUCAGUAAUUAGGGACGGCUCAGAGCUGCAGGCGGUGCAUUUGGUGGCCUGUGUCCCGGAUCACUGGGCCACCAGAGCCCCUGGAGGCUUUGUGGUGCCUCAGCACCAGGAGUUCCUAAGCCAACAGCCACCAUGGGGCUCUGACUUCCACGUGGUUUUUCAGGUGCAGUGUUUUUCACGUGCUUCACUGUUCUGCCACAUGCCCAAGUGUAAGGAGGCUCAAACCUCCAGCAGUGGAAAUCCAAUACAGAACCCACAUGGAGAGCAUGCGCUGCUGGUCAGCAAAUUGUGAAGGAAUUCAGUAUCCUUCAGAGCAAGAAAUUAUCCUGGAGUGGAAGUAAUGACUCUGGCAGCCUUACAGGUACAAAAAAAAUCAACCCAAAAUAUAAAGAGUGGGUAAGGCUGGAGAUUUAUCUGGAGCACUAAAAGCCUGCGAGCAGGUAACACCUCCAUCUGGGAUAACUUUAACUGUGGCUUUUCCUUUUACAUGAAGGUGACCUGGUAGCAGCAUCUAAAAGAGCUGAAAGGAAAAAAAAAAAAAAAGAAGAAGAAACCUUUGGCUAAUGAUAUUUUUGGGGGCUAUUUUCUCCUAAUUUUAGGAAAUGCCAAUAUGAAAUGGGAAUCUGGGAGAUCCAUCAGGCAAAAGGUCAGCUUGAACAAAUUUCUCAGCCCAGAUUAAAACCAGAAAGGGGCAAAACAGUUUGCUAGCUGUUUUCCAGGCAAACCCACGCCAGCUUCAGAUGGCGGCUAAUUAAAGUGCUGACAUUUUAA